AUGACUACCCAUUCAUAUUUCAUAUUAACUAUGCUGUUAUUAACAUAUUCAAGACAUUCAUCAUAAUUUGAAGACUUAACCUAACUCUAUAACACAGGAAAUUUCAAGGCAAUCCAUGAUUAAUUUUCUAAAAGAGCAGCAUUGGAUACAAGCUUUGAAAUAUUUAACAAAACUUUAACCAAUAUCUAUUAGAAUCAUGGAGAAAUAGUAUAUUCAGCAAAUGCAACUAGUGAUUCUAUUUAGAAUCUCUAAUUAAUUUCAUUUAAAAAAUCAUUAGGGGCUGGAAUGAUGAAUUGGAUGUAUAAUUCAAAUAAAAUGCUCGAUCACUUCCACAUUAAUCCAUAUUCAUAAAAAUCCAUCAUCUAAUUCUAUGAGGAGAAUCCUUCCAAAUUUUAUAUCACUAUGUUUCAAGAUGAUUAGCUGUUAGUAUCUACCCAACAAAAAGAUAAAGUUCAAAUACAACCUUUUAAUAAAAUUGCAAUUCUCCUUGAAUAUUCAAGAUAGGUUUCUAUAAAUCUAAUUAAUCCUCUUAUGGAAGUCUAAUUGGAUAACUUGAAUUUGUUUUAUAUCAAACAAUUCGAUUAUCAUCAUGCCAAAUUCCUAACUAGUUUAAAUAAUAAACAGUAAAUCACAUUGAAUUAAGUAGCAGAAGGACUAAUAUAGUAUAACUCUAACUGUAUAGCUGAAUAUCUGCAAUCUUUCUUGGGCAAAGAUUAAAUUGAUAAGACAUUACAAACCUUAAAUAUUGAGCAAACUAGCCAAAUUUGGCAUGUUUCAUCUCAUUUAGCAUUUGCUAAUAUCUACCAUCAAAGUUAUGAGGAUUAUAUAAAUAGAAUUGUAAGCCAAUCAUAAUUGUAAUUUACUCAACUUUAAAAUUCCAUUCAUACUGAAUUAUUAUAAAAAACACAAUAAUCAUAAGUCUGGUUAGAAACUGCUCACUCUGAUUUGUUAGAUGGAAAAGUAUCAAGUAUUAUGAACAAAUACUUUACUUAAUCUAAUUCUUAUGAUUAUGCUUUCCUAUUGAAAGGAAUGUAGAAUCGUCAAUUUAAAUAUCUACAAACUUAGGCCUAUUAAAUAUUUGAAAGCUUAAUGAAUUAAUUUAUUUUGAACCCUAGAUUAAUUUAAGAUGUUGUUCAAAGAGGACAACAAUAUGAAGUUUAUGGAAGCAAAGAGAAUUAUAAUUCUUAUUUCAGUUCUCUAUACUUUGAUUCUACAAAAUCAGGAGCAUAAAAAUAAUUUGGAAUUUUGGUCUAGAAACUUGAUUACGAAUAGGAAUUUAAAUUGUACUAAUCAGCUUUUAGUAUAUUUGUUCAAUUAUUAGCCUCAAAUAAUUAAUAUUAUGCUGAUGUAGCGAAAAGAAUCAGCAAAUCAAAAAUAAUUUAAUGA